GUGUGUAAUCAUACAUACGAUAUGUGGUGAAGCGUCAUGAUGGCUUCCAGAAAGGUUGAUCUACGUUUAGUCAAGAGGAAGAGGGAAGCAAAAACAUCAAUUGAUUCCCCGCUGGCCAGAUACAAUAGUGCUGGCCAGCUGUCUUGUGUGGUAUGUGACAUGACCAUAAAGAACGAAUUUCUGUGGACCUCACAUGUCCUUGGUAAAAAGCACAAAGAGAACUUGGCAGACCUUAAAGGAAAGUCUAAAGCAAAUGUAUCAGUUCGAGAGGUGCGAAAGCCAGUUAAAGUAAGUGGCAAGGUUGAAACAAAUGAAGAAGCACCAGAAAAAAAAUUAAAAGUUGAUAACAGUAGUGACACGAACAGCUUUACAGACAGUUUAGAAGAGAUAAAAGAUGAGAUUUCCACAGAUGAACAGGCAGGUUUACCUUCGGACUUCUUUGAUCAUGAAAUCAAGUCUGAAAUGCAACAGCAUAUUGCCAGUGGAGAUUCCACAGAGGGCAUUCCGGAAGGAUUUUUUGAUGAUCCAAAACUAGAUGCAAAGGUCCGAAAAGUAGAGUACAAAGAUCAGGCUGAGGAGCAAUGGGAAAAGUUCCAGAAAGAAAUGCAAGUAGAAAACCAGGUGUCACAGUCCAUUGUUGAAGGAGAAGAUGAGGAGUCCAGAGUUAAUAGGGAAUUAUCAGAACUCAGUGAACAGAGAGUCUACUUUCUGAGAGCUGAUGCCUUGCGGGAUAAACAGAGUUCUUUAAAGGACAAAUUCUCUAAUCUGAAAAGUAUUCAGCCACAGCCACAAAGAGAAACUACCAGUGAUAGUGAUGAUAGCGACUUUGAUGAAUUUCUUGACUGGAGAGCAAAGAAAGUCUCCUGAUGAACAACUGAUUCAUUCUGCACUAGGUGUUGCAAUGUGUCUAGAAGUUUGACUCAGAACUCAGCUUUCUGCUGCACAGUCAGGCCACUUUGUUGGUAAAGUGAUGCAAGAUGUGUUGCUAAUGUCUGCAAGAGCUGUAAGGUUACAUGUAUGUGAAGGGAAGGUGAUAGUUCAUUGACAUGAAUGUACAUCACAAAUAACACUGAAGGAAAAAAAUCUGCUUAUUUGGGUGUGUUGGAUGAGAUUUGGGGAGAGCAACUGAGCAAGGCAUGGAAAAAAGAAAAACUGCCUGGAACACAGGCUCUCAAAGCUGUUUGGGAUGGUUAAUAGUAUGAUGUCUUAUUUUCAUUGAAAAUAUUUAGCAAAGGACAACUUCAGGGGAAAAAAAUAAAACAAGUAGCUCCCUGCAUUGAAAAACAGCAACAAUUUUUUCAGUGAGUGGUUUUAAAAGUAGAAGUAACACUUGACUAUGUAGUCUGUUCUUAUUUUGGGAAAAGAAGUUCUGUGAAGAGCCAUUGUUGUCAGGAGUAACUGACAUUCAACAUCUGUGCACAAGUCUUCAGUAUCAAGUGAGCGUGUUUUUUGUGAGCCAAGUGUUAUAGAUCUGCUUUGUUGAAACUUAUUGAUUGCUUGUCAGACCCAAAAAGUGCAAGUCUGUUGUGAUUGGUCAGUUUUUAUCUUUAGUAAAGCUGGGCUGUUCUGUUC